AUGGUAGCACCUACCGCUCUCAAACAAGCUGCAGAUGGCCUUGUUGGAUCUGGGGACCAAUCCGCCGGAGUUUCGCGUGUUUUUGGGGGAGAUGCGACGCACAAAAGUAGAACUGAAGACGAUGACGAUGACGACGUGUUGGUAGAGGAUGUGAAGAUGGAUGUGUCAGAAGUUCCGGAAGAGCAAAAAGACGGAGAUGUUGUGAAAAAACCAAGAGGAGUAGUGCUGGACGAACAAGGUAAGCCAAGAUUUGCGGCUGCCGCCCAGGCUGGCGAAACUAAAGUGAAGCUUGAGUCGCGAAAGGUACCAGUGCCUCCUCACCGGAUGACACCAUUGAGAAACAACUGGACCAAAAUAUACCCACCAUUGGUCGAUCAUCUAAAGCUUCAAGUCCGUAUGAACCUCAAAACCAAAACAGUGGAACUCAGAACACACCCUAAACACACCACCGACCCUGGUGCCCUGCAGAAAGGUGCAGACUUUAUCAAAGCAUUCACAAUGGGCUUUGAUCUUGAUGAUGCCAUUGCCCUGCUGAGACUCGACGAUUUGUACAUUGAGACUUUCGAGGUCAAGGAUGUCAAAACUCUUAACGGCGAUCAUUUGUCCCGUGCUAUUGGUAGAAUUGCUGGUAAAGACGGUAAAACAAAAUUUGCCAUUGAAAAUGCCACGCGUACGCGAAUUGUGCUCGCUGACUCGAAAAUCCACAUUUUGGGAGGUUUUACACACAUCCGCAUGGCGCGUGAAUCGGUAGUCAGUUUGAUCCUAGGUUCUCCUCCCGGAAAAGUCUACGGAAAUCUACGUACCGUUGCAUCGAGAUUAAAGGAACGUUACUAG